AUGCCUCCCAAACCCUCUAGUGACCGAGCGGCCAAGAAACCCUCUGGUCGAAUGAUUCAGCCGGCCUUGCCGAUCUUACCAGGACGUCCUGGCGCGAAAGCGAACAAAAAGCAGUCUAUCCCACCGCAAGAGACACCCAAGAUCGGUGAACGUUCCCCGGAGCACACUGUCGCAACCCACAACCCGGGCGCAAUUGAGAACGAUACCACUGGCGACACACCGCAACUCACCGGCGCUCCUGAGGAUGUCUCUCAUACUGAGAAGCCUUCUGCGUCUACCAGCUCACCUGCGAUCGCAUCUGAACCCGCCUCCCCUCCCCCACCUCCUCAAGCACCAACAUCUGUUCAAGGCGACGAAGUUGAUGUUGAUGAGAAACAAACUGCUGUAGCAGAUAACUCCGAGACAGUUGCCAAUACCAUGGUUGAGGUCAGCACACUGGCCGCUUUGGAGACGAGCAGCAGCCCAGCCAACAGUGAGCGUACACACGACCAGGCUGUGGCCCCUGAUAUGGCUCCCACCGAGUUCAAUGUCCCCGGUCCUCGUCGACACAGUUCGUCAUUUGGAAGUAGCAGCGUCACCAUGGGAGAAGACACUCGUCGUGUCUUAUCUGGCCCUGGUCCAGCAGUGGCCACGACACCUCCUGCCAGCAUGCCACCGUCUCAUGAAGUUGUCAACGGAAACCAGCCGUUCAUGACAACUCCCCCUGGUGGUUCAGCCGCAGCAGGUCCACAAGCCCAUACCGAGUAUGAGGCAGCGCAAGCAUCGCAAGCAUCUGUGUCGUCGGCAUCGCCGUUUGACCAGAGCGCCAAUGGCUUUCCUCCCCAAAUGGCCGCAUUCACACCGAGUCAACGAACUCCUGUUCCCGUUCCAAGACAGUUCAACCCUCUGGUUCCUCUCAUUGAUCACUUGAUCUCCAUUGCGGCGACCAAAGAGGGCUCUGACUGGGCUCUUCAAAUCAACUCACCCGAUGGACAACCAUUUGUUACAUUCGGUCAUUCUGUCAUUCUCAACCGCAGCCUGCGCCUGCGCAAACUGAUGGAUCGCCAAAAGUCCAACACUUAUGCUGUUCAUAUGAUCAACUUGUUCCCUGCCCGCCCGAUUGUGCCGCACGCAUUCGAGGCUGCGCUGCGAUUCCUCUACUCGGAUACCGUGCUGUCAGACAACUUCUUCGCCAACAUCCUACCGGGCCCGGACUAUCACGCCACGAGACUUCAAAAUCUGGACUACAUCUUGUCAUACUGGGUUUCUGGUAUCGAGCUUGGCCUCGAACCAGUUUCCGUGUGCGCGGAGAGACUCCUGGUCAGUGUCCUGAAAUGGGACAUACUCGAGGCCACUUACAAGCAUGCCAUCGAGCUAGCAAAUUCACCCAUGUCCCAGGUUGGCAAGAACAUGACAGGCACGGACUAUCUGAUCGCUAGCAACGCGGUAGUCCGCCUGGUCCUGUCGUACCUGGCCAAGAACAUCGACGUUGAAAAGUUCCAACUUGACCGCCACAGCCCUUCCAAUGUCUUCCCGCCGCGUCUGCCACCCCUGGACGAGGGUCGUCCAAGAUUCAAUCCCGCAUUGGCGUCCAUGGUCUUUGGAUCUAUGCCGUCGUCGUCGUCUUCGUUCGACUUCACUCCUUCUCCCGGACCCGACUCUGAGCCGAUGAACCAGGGCCGCAACCCGACCUUCGCAGACACCGUGGCCUCAAACAUACUGUUGAACGUCGAUUUCGAGAACCUCAACCUGUUCAACGAGCUCAUUCGUCAACGUGCCGGUGCAGCAGGCGUUCAGAUCAUGGCUGCCAUCGUGGAAGAGCGUGAGCAACGUCGUCUGAAAUGUUUCCAUGCGGAACACAUCGGAAACGCCGAGCGCAUGGCCCGGUCGACUCUCUGGGAACCCGUGGGACUGAAGGAGUCUCUGAACGGCAUUGUUCUUUCCCGCGAACACGUGGGCUUUCUGUUGCCUUCCAAUAAGCCACCGGGUUCAAGCUCCAUGCGUUCCGACAGUACUAGUACUGGUACUGCUUGA